GUUUGUUUCAACAACAGCGCAGCUCUCGUCCUGGCUUGAUGCAGGUUUUCCGCAAUUUUCGUUUACGGCUUGGCCGCAGGCGCUGGCCUUUUUUCCUGCUGCUGUGCAGCCUUGUCGCUGUCCGGCCUUGCUGGCUGGGCUCGGAAGGUUCCAGCCUGAGGGGACGUCGCGGCGCGUUCCUUGCAGCAGCCACAUCCCUGGUAGGUAGCGAAGGCGCGCAGGCGCUGGUCAAGGGCAAUGCACCGCCCAAGGACUAUGGCCUGGGCAAAGGCCUGAAGACAAUCGGGCCGGCGGACUGCCGGAGCCGCGUGGAGUGCGAGGAGUUGGGCCGGCAGCGCGAGGAGGAGCAGUACGGCGAAGGCGGCGCCGCAAAGGAGAGGACCUUCAAGGUCACAAAGAGCGGAGCCAGAUACAAGGACAUGAAGCCAGGCAACGAAAAGGAUGGAGUGGCCAAGGCGGGGGACGACCUCAAGAUCAAGUACCGGGUGAUGCGCAGCGGCAAGAGAUCAUAUGAUGGGCUCUCCGGCGAGGCGACGACGCUGUUCUCCUUGGGCUACGGCGAAGACGAAGGGCCCAAGGAUGCAACGCUGAAUGCUCCUGUGGGCGAGGGCAAGUUUGUGAAGGCGCUGGACGAGGGCCUGGUGGGUAUGGCAGUGGGCGGCGUGCGCCGCGUCCAGGUGCGGCCGGACUACAGCCUGGGCUGGAAGAAGCCUGGGAAGUGUGCUGAGGCCAUUGGAGCAGUCGGCAUGGUGGCUGGCCUGCCGGGCGGCGGCGCGGAGAUGGAGUCUGCUUGUCUGGACACGUCGCUGCUGCCGCAGCCUGUGGACUGGGACGCGAAGCGCCGCUUUGAACGCCGCUUCGACGAGUCGCUGAUCGUGGAAGCGGAGCUCGUGGGGCUGGGCAAGUGAGUCGCCAGUCUGCCGUCCGG